AUGGAUGAUACACUACCUCGUAUGACCUAUGAACAAGGUCUAGGUGCUCUUUUUUGGAUGCUCCCGGACUGUGUGGAUCGAUGCAUCUGUGGAUCUUCAAUGGGCCACGGGACAAUCGAUAAACUGGUCGUCCGUACCAGGACUCUUUGCGAUCACAGAAGACAGCUUUUCCAAAGUCUAGCAGAUGCAAAUAUAGAAGACUCGGGACUUGAUUUUGACAAGGAGAAAAGAAUUGCGGCUCAAAAGGUAGCUGAGUUGCCUGAAGAACGACUACGGCUACGAAUUAUAAUGACGAUGGAGACGAGGUUUACCAUGCUAUCCUUGACGUUCUUUCUAGCACUCAGUCUAGCACUCAGUCUAGCACUCAGCCUGUCAAAACUUAUGAGGCUCCUAUCUUGCGGGAUGCCCUCCGUCCACUUGCAAAGGAUUAUCAUAAUUCCCAGAUCUGCUUCUCUUUUUGCAAAGUCGUCUUCCGCAACUGAACUUCCGAGGUCACUGCCUCACCCGGGACGUAUUCUCACACUCCCAGCUCUUAGCCAACUUGGGUUGUUCCUGUCUGAAGCUGUCGCAUUUGACGAUAUGCGCAUGAUCCAUCAAUCCAUGCCGCAAGCUGCUCUAAGUAACUCCUCCACUGUUACCAAAGAUACUACUGUCUCCGAUGUGGUUGUUGCUGCCCUUACAACCUCCUCCGAUUUCAGCCUUCUUUUCAUCUCUGGCAAAGUCUCAUCAACCGGUGAGGAGGUUGUUUUCGUCGCCUUCUUCCCAUCCCCAACCCAGGACGAAACCACAAUCCUCCUGUUUUUGAUGUAUUCCGUGGCUACGCAGGCAGAAGCGCCUGGGUGCAUACAGGUUAAAUCACUGGAUCUCGCUGUAGGAAUUGGAUCAAGGUCUGAUCAAACGAUAAAGAGACAUCUGGAUGUGCCUGAAAAGAGCACUUCAUGGGGUCCCGGAUGGAUCUCACAGACGAUCGAGAAGAAGUUUAAGGGUCAAAGGUCAUUCCCGGCUGCCGUAGCUUCUCGCUUCACGGAACGACAGCCUCAUCAGGAGUUCGAACCUCCUUUCAACCUCAUCCUUCACCUCCCAUCUGAUAUACACAUCGAGGAUAUCCUCCCCACAAAAAAAUCUGGUUCCAAAACCCCCGUCCCAUCUGAUCCCCAUCUCUCCAUUGCCCGGGCCUUGUUCAAGAUACGGACGAUGGUUUCGCAUCUCGAUGGUCUUGAUCAGACCUCAUGCCUCACUGUCGCCUGUGGGUUCGUGGUUUCAGGUUUGACCAAGUGGUCCCCAGCGUCCAAAACAUCAAUGGUUUCCGCUUAG